CUCUAUAAAACCGUGGUUUAGCCCAUUUUUAGUUUAUCAUUCUCUUCUCUCCCCCAAAUACCCUUUUCCUUUUCCCAAUUUCCCUAUCUGUCCCUAGGGUUCUAGUUUCCCCAAAUGGCUUCAGCAGAUGUCGAGUACCGGUGCUUCGUUGGAGGGCUCGCUUGGGCCACCGACGACCGGUCCCUCGAAGAAGCCUUCAGUACAUUUGGCGAGAUCAUCGAAUCGAAGAUCAUCAACGAUCGUGAGACUGGAAGAUCCAAAGGUUUCGGAUUCGUUACUUUCCGUGAUGAGAAAUCUAUGAGGGACGCUAUUGAAGGAAUGAAUGGUCAGAAUCUUGACGGAAGGAAUAUAACCGUUAACGAAGCCCAGUCUCGUCGCAGCAGUGGCGGUGGCGGAUAUGGAGGUAGUGGUGGGUACAGUCGCGGUGGAGGCGGCGGUGGAUAUGGUCGCCGAGAAGGAGGCUAUGGUGGUGGCCGUCGUGAUGGUGGAUACGGCAACGGUGGUGGAUAUGGGGGUGGUGGAUAUGGAGGUGGACGACGCGAGGGUGGAUAUGGGGAUGGUGGAUCUCGUUACUCAAGAGGAGGCGGUGCCUCGGAAGGCAACUGGAGGUCUUAGGCUAAUGGUUAGGGUUUGAGUGGGCUUGGCCAUAUGUGUUGCUUUAAAACGGUUGCUUAGUAGUUAGUGUUGGUUCGAUGUUGUUUGCUCUAUGGUUCUGUCACUGUUUGGAUGUUAUGUUGGGUUCUCUCUUUUUUUGACCGAUGGUUAUGAUGCUUUUAUUACCUGUAUUGUUAGGAGUAAAAAAUGACAUAAAAAUGGAAUGAAGUAUAUAAUAUCUUCUUUUCAAUUCCUUUCCAUCCAAAACCAAAUUUCAAUUUCAGGAGGGUUCAAUGCUGAAUUCCCAGGAAAUAUAGUUCUUAAUAGAUUGUUUAACUAUCGUUUUAUUCAAGAAAUUAUGAUCAAUAUUUUGUAGAUGCUUCUUUA